UGUUAUGCUUACUGUGUUCUAAGUUUUUAAAUUGUAACCGUUUAGUUGUUAAAAGUUAUUCAUUUAAAGUAAAGAUUGUAUUGCAUUUUGCAUAUUGUAAAAUGUCACUUCCCUUAAAAAAAAAGGUGUGUCCGUCUCAAAAUAUAAAAGUUGUAGUUCGAGUGAGACCUUUAAGCCAUAUUGAAAACGGAACAGGGGCAAAAACUAAUGUGAAUUGCGUGUCUUCUAAGGAAAUCCAUACAAAAGAAAAGAAAUACCAUUUUGAUAAAGUAUUCCCACCAGAUAGCGCUCAAAUAGACAUUUAUUCUUAUGUGGUUUCUCCAAUGAUAACUGAUGUUAUUGCGGGUUAUAACUGUACAGUUUUUGCGUACGGACAGACAGGUACUGGUAAAACGCAUACAAUGAUUGGUGUAGACCCCUGCUCAACUGUUCAUUGGAAAGAAGAUGAACUUGCAGGUUGCAUUCCCAGAGCAGCUGCUCAUAUCUUCACGGAACUAGCCUCAAUGGAUGUUAUUCAGUAUAGUGUUAGAGUGUCAUUCUUAGAACUUUACAAUGAAGAAGUUAGGGAUUUGCUUAAUGAUGAUGAAUCUUUGGUUUCUUUAAAUAUGUUCAACGAUUCAAAAGGAUCAGUCUACAUUCAAGGAUUAAGUGAUAUUGCAGUUCGUAACAGUAGUGAAAUUUAUGCAUUACUUGUGAAAGGUACAAGUAGAAGACAAACUGCUUGUACUUUAUUAAACAAUCAUAGCUCAAGGUCACAUACAGUUUUCACUAUAGCAGUUCAUAUAAUAGAAUCCAACAUAACAGGAGAGGAAGUGUUAAAAACAGGCAAAAUUAAUCUUGUCGAUCUGGCGGGAAGUGAAAAUAUUGCAAAAUCUGGUGCCAAAGACAAGAGAGCUGUCGAAUUGGGGAACAUAAAUAAAUCACUUCUCACUUUGGGAAGAGUUAUACAGUCGUUGGCAGAAAAACAUAAACACAUCCCCUAUAGAGAGUCAAAAUUAACUCGUAUUCUGCAAGAUAGUUUAGGGGGGCACACUAAAACAUGUAUUAUUGCAACAAUUUCACCAUCUCAAAACUCAUAUGAUGAAACUUCUAACACAUUAGAAUAUGCUUGCCGUGUUAGAAAUAUUAAAAAUACACCCACCAUAAAUGAAAAGGUUACAAAGGUCCGAAUGAUUAAAGACAUGACUGAUGAAAUCGAUAAACUGAAAAAAGACUUGGAAGCAGCCAGGUCUGGAGAAGGUUUUUUUAUAGAUAAAGAAAAUUGGGAACAAAUAAAUCUUGAACGAGAAAGCGCAUCAAAUGCUAUAACUUUAAAAUGUCAAGUAAUUGAGGACUUGAAAAAUAGAAUUUCUGAAUUUCAAAGUGCAUGUUCAAUGAAAGCUGCAGAGUUUGAUAAGAUCAUGAAAGAGUGCCGCAAACGACAAAAAAUUAUUGAUAAAGCGAAAAAACUGCUGAAGGAAAAGAAUAAAGACCUUAAGGAAAAACAGUAUGUGUCAGAGUAUUAUGAAAAGGUUGCAAUCGAAAGGGAAACGCAAGCCAACGAUCUCUUGAAAACCAUCCAACAUUUGUCAGAUAAUCAAACCACUUUACAACAGAAACUUGAGAAACAGUAUUAUAAUAACUACAGUAAUGAACAGAUAGUGAAACAAAAAACUAAAAAUCUAACACUUAACUUGACAGCAAUUAAAGAGGAAGAAGAUUACUUGAAAUUUAGGUUGACCGAUUUUGCGAAUACUUUAAGAGAACUGGAACAUUUGCAAGAAAUUACAGCAAAUGCAAUAUCACAAAAAAUAUGUUGGGAAAAUGAUACAGCGCCGUCCCUGUUGGUAAAUUUGGAUGAGUAUGACAAUAUUGGUGAACAAAUUAUAGAACAAUCAAAUUUUUUAACUGAUACAGUAGAAAGUAGUGUUGAAAAAGUACUUCUUAGUAUAGGAUCAAUUAAGGAUAAAUCUAAGAAACUUCUAGAGCAAUUUAAUUCCUAUGAAAUGAAAGAAUCACAGGAAUCUGAAAGCAUGAUUCAACAGUUGCAAACUGUAAAAUCUUCUUUGCUACACGAAAGGGACCAGCAUCUUACUGAAUUAAGAAUACAAAAGAUUAUUACUGACAUUAUUCAGAGUAAAAUCAAUGACAUAGAUUCUCUGUUGGACAAAGUUGACUGCAGCAUCACACAGACAUCGCCAGUUGACAUAUUGGAUCAAAAAGCGUCUCAAUUUAAACAGGAUAUAUUGGAAUUUCAGGAAAGAUUUACUGCUCUGGAGGAAAAUCUCGCUUGUCUAAAACUGGAAUUAGAAGAUAGUAAAUUGUGUAUAAAUGAAUUGCAACAACAGAUGCUACCAAAAAUACAAUAUUUAAAGCACCAAGUUGUAGAGCAAGUUGAUGACCUCAAAGGAAUCUUAACCGACCUCAGCAACAAUGUGAACUCUGUUAUAGCUACAACAGCCACUAGUUGUAGAAUACAAAAGGAAGCUAUUCCGACGCAUGUUGAAAAAUGCUCUAGUUUUUUAGAGAACUGUGAUGACAUCGUCACUGACAUUGUCAAAAAUAUUGUACCAGUGCAGAGGGCUGGUGAUACUCCUAAACAAUGUCAUCUUGAGUAUCCCAAAACCAUAACAAAAGGGGCACUACCUAGAGAAGUACUUCUAAAUAAAUUUAAGGAUGAAUUUGAUGAUGUAGAAAAUCCUUCAUUUAAUUUGGACUGUUCUACUGAUUCCUUGUCGAAUUUCUAGGCAUUCUCUUAAGCUUUUUGUCAAUAUAUUGUAUAAAUUUGCCAAAGUAAACCUGUCCCCAUAUUUUCAUACAUAUUUAUGAUGGUUCAAAAUGUGCAAUUAUUGGAAUAAUCUAAAAAAAAAAUGCAGUAUAGUGCAUUGCUUUUAAAAAUUCCUGUAUUUCUUUUAAAAGCCCAAUUAGUUGACCAAAUGUGUACAAGACAACUUGGUCUCUGGAGCUCAAACAU